UGUUUAGGUUCCACUUUGCCGGUAACGAUUACUUCUUAAUACCGGUGCGCGUCGCGCUUUAGCAAUUUUCAAGCCGGCAGAAAAAGAAUGGCCAUGGCUGAGCGCCCUCCAAACGACCAGCUUCACCCGUUUUUUCGUCCUCGAGCCAAAGUCGAUCAAGAAGCCGAAUCACCAUGCGUCACCACUACCGAAACUACCAAUGCUGAUCGACCACAGUCAACUGUCACCAUUCCAACCAUUUUCCAGCAGCCACCGCCAAUCAAAGGCACAGUGGCCGCGUCAAAACAGCCCACGAGAAGGACUGCCUCUAGAAAGCAAUCAAGUCCGUGCUCUCCUCAGUGGCCCGACUUAGAUAUUUUCGAGGGAGGACAUAUUUACCAGCGUGAGCCUAGCGCUGAAGAGCUCAUUGAACUCUUCGUAGGUUACCAUGAAGAAAGUCAUGAUACCAAUGCAUAUUCACACUCGACUUCAAAGCAAUCCCGUCGGAAACAACCAGUUCCUGAACAAUUAUCCUCAGCAUUUUUUGCUCACCAGCGAUCUCUUCGAAGUGAGCAGGAGACAGAGGCAAAGCGGCGGCCGCGACCUGAUUUUGCAGACCUCAAGUACCCAUUACUGUCAAGAUCACGAAUGCUGCGUUUAUUAGACAAAUUGUAUCCCGACGGCUGGAGAACUGAUGCCUGUCUAUCGCUAUUUGAGUAUUUAUACCCGGCACCGGCGGACGAAGAUGCCUUGCCAACUCAGGAUCCUCGCAGCUUUCCUUGGCGAGACAAAUAUCGACCACUUACUAUUGACGGAUUGUUGGGAAAUUCUGGUAACUGUACAUAUCUUCGUGACUGGUUACAGGAAAUGAAAGUCUCGCCCAUAGUUGCACCGCUUGAAGCAGUACAAAAAUCAUCCCACAAUGUCACUGGGAAAAUGAGUACGAAAGCUAAAAGUUCAAAUAUUCCAACUGAGCUUCAAGAUUUCAUUGUAGAGGAUGAGGAUGGGGAUGGAUACAGCCAAAAAGAAAUCUUCGAUAUCAUGAAUGUUUCUAUUCAAGACAUCGACGAAAAUGAUCAGGAUUUCAUGCCUAGUACAAUUAAAACGAAUAAGCGACGAAAGCAGACCUCAAGUCAAACGAAGAAAAUGGAAGGGAAAGCAAGGUCUAAUCUGAUUUUGCUUGUGGGAUGCCACGGAGUAGGCAAGACUGCAUCUGUUUAUACCGCGGCUAACGAGGUUGGUUACGAUGUUUUCGAGAUUAAUGCGGGGCAGAAGCGAAGCGCCAAAGACAUACUUGCCAUGGUUGGUGAAAUGGCAGAAAGUCACCAAGUUUCUUUCGAUCAUGUUGACAGAAGUACCUUCGACCCUUUCGCCAGCUUUACCAAGGUGAAUCCUGAAGAGCAAGCAGUGACUCACAUUGACUCCGUCAAACCUACUGACGAAAAGCUUGUCUCCGGCGACAGCGGAAAACGGAAGCGAGGCAGGCCAAAAAAAGGAGAUUCGGCACCAAAAGUCAAAAAGUCUAAAGCUACAAGCAAGGCUUCUAUUGGAAGUGGAGAUAUUACGAGGCACUUCUUAAGGAUGAAGGUGAAAUCUUUAUCGCCACCUCCGGAAACGCCUACCGAUAGUUCAGUGGAUACGAGCUCCGCAACAGAAGAUGUGGAUAUUGAAGGUCUUCCAACUGCGACAGAUAUCGAAUCCAACACCACAUCUACUGUACCUGAGCACAAAGCAAACGAUGAUCAACAAACAACGGGUAGCCAGGUAUCCAAUGAUUUGGUAGAUAUUAGCUCAGCGGAGGAGGUGGAGUCGUUGCCUCCGCCACCGCUGGCUCCAGAAGCGCCGCUGAACGAAGCGAGAAAUCCGAAGCAAAGCCUCAUUCUCUUGGAAGAAGUUGACAUCCUGUACGAAGAGGAUAAGACUUUCUGGAGCUCGGUGAUUAGUUUGGCACACAAGAGCAAGCGACCUAUUGUCAUGACGUGCAAUGACAUCGGUCUUGUACCAUAUGACUUAUUAGCUCUCCAAACCACCCUGUACUUUGAAUUACCAUCAAUUGAGGCGACAACACAGUAUUUGCAGCUGGUAUGCAUUGCAGAAGGGUAUCUUAUUGAUCCAUGUGAACUAUACUAUCUGUGUAUCAUAUUUGGACAAGAUCUUCGCAAAUUGUUAAACUCCUUGGAACUCUGGUCAAGAAAACAAGCGUUCCCCGGAAGUGAUAAAAUGUCAUUAGGUGUUUAUCCAUUCUUAAUUGAUCAAAUUAUAGGGAGGGAUGAAACGUUUCAUGAUGAGAUUGCCACCGUCUUGGCUGAACGACGAGCUAUCACCACGAACCAUGGCGAAUCGGGCAACUUAAGCCUCGAGACGAUGGCUAAAGCAGCGGAUGCUCAAUCUUAUAUCGAUGCUUUUCUGAAAGACAGUAAAGCAGAUCAGCUUAGGAGAAACAGGGGAAAAACAAGCAAAGAUUUUUUUUUAUGAAAUGGUUAUAUUGCGAUCGGUCACUUAUUAGGUAUGUUUGCUAUGUAGAUCGAUGAGAUUGACGAAUAUGGACCAAGCAAAGACAAUGUGCUGGGUUAUAAGAUACUCUGGAAAACACCCACCGACUACGAUCAUUGGGACGUGGAUAGUCGGAUCGCGAAAGCU